GAAUUGUUGAUUAGGGUCAAGUUUCACUGCAUUUCGCUACUCUAUCCUACUUACUUGUUACUCUUGAUUAUGUUGUUGUUGUUGUCCGAUUGCUUAUUUAUAUGUAUCUCUGUAAUUGAUUGCUCAUACUGUUGAUAUACGCCCUGCCCUGGACAGUAUUAUAUAGCUUAAUGGCUUGUCUGACCCAACUGAAAGAUUUGGAUACAAAAAACUAAAAGCUUAAUGCCUAACUAGCUUGUUCAAUAAUUGCCAGAUAUUAGCCAUUCUUCGUAAAUCUACUUGGUUCAGCCCAUCAUUUUGGAAAUGUGGUUUACUUUUGCCACAAUUGAAUGAUCAAAAGAUCAGUUGCUUCUACUGUGGCCCUCUUCAGCCUCCUUGCCACCUUCAUAUCAAGAACCCCUAUUCCACAACUAGGUGGAGACUAGGAGGGUUGGGAAUCCCUACAAGAAAUCUCUCACCUAACUCUCUUACUAUCAGUAUCAUAUUAGAAGAAAAUAUGGAAUUUGGGUCUAAAAGCAUCUGAUUAAAAACCUAGGUGGUUGGUAACCCCAGAGAAAGCUCCAUCCUACGUACAAACUUAUUAGAUACCAGUGAAUCAACAUAGGCUAAUAUAUUAAUCAUCCUAUUGCAUAUUUAUGAUGUUGAAACAUUUUGUCCAAUUACUUGAAUAUGAACUGAAAUUAUCGUUUUAUAGAUUAUAGGAGUUUGUUUGUACAAGCAUAAACUUAAAUUAUCGUUUCCUUGAUUACGGGAGUUUGUAUGUACAAGCAUAAACUUCAAUUCUCUUACUGAGGUUUUUGCUCUGGAAACUUCAUUACUUAUUUUUAUUACCUUUCAAAUUUGCUUUGCAAUCAUGUUACUUGUAAAGGAUGUAUAAAAAAAUGUGAGUGUUUUUCUUAGUUGUGGAAGUGGGUUCUUUCAUCAGAUAAGUCCUUUUGUAAGGCAUGCAGAAUUGGAUUGAUGGAUAAGCCAGUACGCAUACUGAAAAGGACUUGUUUAUUAUGCUUGUUAGGUAGUGAAUUCUUUUCAUGGAGAGUUUGAUAUAGCGUCUUCUAUAAGCUAGAAUCAGUGGUAUCUGGUUCUCAAAAUGAAUGGCUACAGCUUGUUGGAGCAUACUCUUCAGAAUAUACUUCACUCCAUCAAUCCCUCAGAGGAGGAUUGGUCUAUGCGAUUUCAACUCAUUCACGAACUUCGAGCUGUGGUUGAAAGCAUAGAAAUCCUGAGAGGGGCAACUGUAGAGCCAUUCGGAUCUUUUGUAUCAAAUCUUUUUACAAGAUGGGGAGAUCUUGAUAUUUCCAUAGAGUUGCCCAAUGGAUUACAUAUAUCAGCUGCUGGGAAGAAGUGCAAACUAAAUCUACUAGGGGAUGUACUAAAAGCUUUGAGAGCUAAAGGUGGAUGCCGAAAGCUGCAAUUUAUUACCAAUGCACGAGUCCCAAUCUUGAAGUUUCAGGGCAAUUACAAUAUUUCUUGUGAUAUAUCAAUCAAUAAUUUGAGCGGCCAAAUGAAGUCCAAGAUAUUAUACUGGAUCAACAUGAUUGAUGGAAGAUUUCGUGAUAUGGUCUUACUGGUGAAAGAAUGGGCUAAGGCACAUAAUAUCAAUGAUUCUAAGACUGGAACUUUGAACUCUUAUUCUCUAAGCUUGUUAGUUGUCUUCCACUUUCAGACAUGUGUACCUGCAAUUUUACCACCUCUUAAAGAAAUAUAUCCAGGAAGUAUGGUUGAUGAUCUUACAGGUGUUAGGGCUAGUGCAGAGAAAUUCAUUGAAGAAACAUGUGCUAUGAAUAUAAAUCGACUUAUGUCAAAUAAGUCUCGAGCGAUUAAUAGGAGUUCUCUGUCUGAGCUUUUCAUCUCAUUCAUCGCAAAGUUCUGCAACAUCAGUUCAAGAGCCUCUGCUCAGGGAAUUAGCCCAUUUACUGGCCAGUGGGAAGACAUAGUGAGCAACAUGAGAUGGCUACCUAAAACAUAUACAAUAUUUGUUGAGGAUCCCUUUGAGCAGCCACUUAAUUCAGCAAGGGGUGUAAGCACUAAACAACUAACAAGAAUAGAAGAAGCAUUCAGGAGUACCCACUUUAUGCUAUGUUCAUCGAAUCUAAACGAGAAUGAAGUUAUUUCUACUCUUGUUAAGCCACAUGUAUCGAAGUUCGUGGCAAGAAUAUCUGGAAACCAAAAUAACUACAGUAGAAAUGGCCUUCGGCCACAAUUGCAAGGACAGAGAGCUAUAAAGCCACCAUUACAAGCACAUCAUCAGCAUCAGGCCCAGAGAGCUAUACAUCCACCAUUACGAGCACAACAUCAGCCUCAGGCACAGAGACCCAUCAAUCCCCCAUUACAAGCUCAUCAGCUUCAGGACAAAAGGAUGAAUAGGAAUCAGAAUUCAACGGUGCAGGGACCCACACAAGCUAUUCGUGUUCAAACACAGACAGUAUGGAGGCCAAAAUCAGGGGUGUGAAUUUGAACUUGUGCUGCUGAAACUAAGCAUCCAUUCAAAUGCUUCUACUUCUUUUUUUUCUGGUGGUUAUGGGGAGGUAAUGAUAGCUUUGGUCCACAGAGACUAUUGAGUCUAUUUGCCAAUUUUCAGAAAAAGACACUUGUCCUUGAGGACAUCCUAUAAAAUUGGAACGAUAUAUAAAAGAAAACACUUGAUAAUACAUAUUGAUAUGUGCUGAUGCAACACAUAUAUUCUCUUA